GCCCUUUCCUAUCAACUCCUCUCCUCCCCCACUUCUCUUCCAUUUCAUAUACUCGGCACCUCACCAACUCCGUUCCGUUCCCUCUCUCUCUCUCUCUCUCUCUCUCUUACUCUUAUCUGCGGGAUUAUCAUUCUCCGACGGAACUUCCCUUCUCCUUCUCAUCCUCCUCAGAAUCGAUCGAUCAAUCGCUCGCCCGGUGAUUGCUACUACUCCUCAAAAGAGAUUCCGAUUCGUGCUUGUUGGAGAAGGGAAAGAAGGGAAUAUCUCAGCAUCGGCAUCGUUCUGACAGGCCAAUCGUCUACGUCCGGAUACUGAAUCUCUGACCAGUUUGAAGGAGGAAGGGAGAGGAGGAGGAGGAGGAGGAGGAGAAGUUCGGUAUCCGCAUAGAAUCGAGGGAUAUGAUGUCAUCACUGGUGGCGAAUCCGGUGGCAAGCUCUGAUCGGUCCCGCGAUUCGAGGAGGAAGAAGAAGAAGAAGGCGCAGGUUCAGUCGCGAGCUCAGGAGAGCACUCAGCCGUCCUACGCCAAGUGGAAAUCCGAGUCUCAGCAGCAAAUCUACUCCUCCAAGCUCGUCCAAGCGCUGUCUCAGGUCCGGCUCGGGGACAUGGCGGCGCCUCCGCGUGGCCGAGCUGUCCGUGAGGCGGCCGACAGGGCGCUGGCUUACGCGGCCAAGGGGAGGACGAGGUGGAGCCGCGCGAUCCUCACGAACCGGAUCAAGCUCAGUAGGUUCCGGAAACAGAGGAGGCAGAGAUCCGCGUCGGCGAUGGCGGCGCUCACUGGAAGCAGCCGGUCGAAGAAGCCGAGGGUCAGCGUCCACAGGCUGAAAGGGAAGAGCCUGCCGGCCGUCCAGAAGAAGGUCAAGGUUCUCGGCCGGCUGGUCCCUGGCUGCCGGAAGGAGCCGCUGCCGGUGAUACUCGACGAGGCGACUGAUUAUAUAGCGGCACUUGAGAUGCAAGUGAGAGCCAUGAGCGCACUCGCUCGGCUGCUUUCCGGCGAUGGCUCGAGCUCUAGCUCCGUCUCCGAGCUGCCGCCCAGCGGAUAAUGACGACGGCGAUCUGCCAACAGUCGCCAUGCCUGAUUUUAUAUAUUUUUUUUCUCCUUUUCUUUUUAUUCAUGUUUAUAUCGUUUUCAUCUUCUCCGAUCGACAUCGUCUUCUCAAUCUCAAAUCUGUUAAAUACGAAUGGUUCUCUGCCUCUUUAUCUUUUCCAUCUCAUAAAUUAAUUGUAAACCAUACCUUAGAUUUUA